GAGAGGUAGAGAGAACAGAGAGAUGCUGGGUUUAUUUAGCUGAGCCUUUCUGUCUGAUUUAUUGAGUGAAUUCGGACAACUUGUUGUUUUUCAUAUAGCCUGUGCUCUGAGCAGUCUACGCGGACAGGAGAUCAAGACAAACAAUUAAAAAGGACAACCUGGAGAAAAUGAAGAUUACUGGUGUCUGGGCCCUGCUUGCCGCCCUCCUGCUGCUCAUCACCACCGUGAAGGGUGAAAGCGAUUCAGGAGUGUCAUUCUGGAGGAAAAACUUCACAAUGACCUGUCCAGAGAAGGCGGACUGGUACAAGGACAAAGAAAAACUCAGUAACACCACAGAAUCUUUGGCGUUACAAUACAAUGAUGCCAGUAAAGGUGUUUACCACUGUGAAUACAAUGAAGGGGAUACUAAAAAAUAUUAUUUCUACGUGAGAGGACAGGUGUGCGAAAACUGUUUUGAGCUGGACGGGUUCGUUAUUAUGGGGGCCAUCAUUGGAGAUGUGGUGAUCACAGGAUGUGUGAGUCUGCUGAUCUACAAAUGGGCCAAGAACAAAAACUCUAAUGCUAAGCCCACCACUCCAGCUGCAUAUCGUGCACCAGGCCGCAGCGGUCCACCUGUCCCCUCUCCUGACUACGAGCCGCUGAGUGCUCGCACUCGCUCUGCGGACACGUACUCUACUGUCAACAGGAUGGGAUAGACUCAAGCCACGUGACGGUGCCAAGCCUGCACAAGGGCAAACAUUUGCAAAAAAAAAAA